AUACAGAGAUAUUGAGAAGCCCAUUGACCCCCAAACUGCCCUUAUAAUAUCAAACGCACAUCCUAUACUCAAUAUCGCUUGCGUAUCCUAAAUACGAACACCAUGGCCGAGUUGACCACCGCAUCUAAGCCCAGCAUCGUGCUCAUCCAUGGCCUCUGGAUGACACCACUCUCCUGGGAGCACUGGAUUCCGUACCUGGAAGCCAAAGGCUACAACGUGCUAGCUCCAGGUUGGCCAGGCGUCGACGAGCGGACGCCUGAGCAGAUCCGCGAGGAUCCCAAACCCAUUGCCGACAAGACCAUCGACCAGAUUGUGGACCACUACGCAUCCAUCAUCGCAGCCCUGCCUUUGCCGCCUAUCAUAAUUGGGCACAGUUUUGGAGGUCUGUUCACGCAGGUUCUCCUCUCACGCGGGUACGGCUGUGCCGGGAUCGCGCUCUGUCCCGCGCAGCCAACAGGUAUCUUCGGGUUGCCAUUCAGCACCAUCAAGGCAACUAUACCCGUCCUCUCGAACCCAUUCAAUGUCCACUCCACUGUCAAGAUCACGGCGGAGCAGUUCCAUUACUGCUUCGGAAACCACAUGACCAGAGAGGCCAGCGACGUGCUGUACAACCGGUACGCGAUCCCUAGCGUAGCGCACGUCCUGUGGCAGGAGGCGGUUGGUAUGCUGAAAAAGACCGGUCCGGGACAGGUUGACUUUGGGAAGCAAGACCGCGCUCCACUGCUGCUGGUGGCAGGGACGAAGGACCACUUGGUGUCACAGACCACGGCACUGAAGGGGUUCGAGGCGUACCAGGAGGGCAAGAGCAAUGCGGUGGUCGAGAUGAAGGUGUUUGAGGGUCGCAGCCAUGGCAUCGUUAACCAGGACAAGUGGGAGAAGGUCGCUGACUUUUCUGUUGCUUUUGCGGAAAAGAACAUGAAAAAAUGACGGUGAUGCGGUUUAGGGCUAGAAACUGGGAUAGGUAAUUGUCUAAACCAAAAGAUGCCGACGGACUGGCAACUGUUAGGUUCCUACCGACCGCGACUAGUAGCUGAGCUACAGAGAUCUCGAUUCUGCAGGGGUUCAUAUUAUUUCCUUAGUAACGAAAAUCAUCUAACUUGAGUCUUUCAUUUAUAUUUGCCUUCUAGGAAGGAGCUUGUAGGGGCUUCGAGGAUGUUAAAUAGUCACUCGUGGAUAGUUUAUCAGAAAUCAGACCUUCA